AUGUAUUCAAGACGAAACGAAAACCCGACGACAAAAUUAUUGUUAGUGGCAGUGUUUUUGUGUGUUUGUGUAGUGCAAUCGAAAAUAUGCCCCACGCUGGACAUUCGCAACGACAUCGUCCAACUCAACAAACUGAAGAACUGCACGGCAGUGACUGGAAAUCUUAGUAUUGUGCUCUUGGAGAAAGUUAAAAGCCCCGCUGAGUACGAAAAGUACGUUUUUCCCGAUCUCACGGAGAUCACCGGGUACCUGGUGCUCUACAAAGUGUUUCAUCUGCUUUCGGUUGGGACCAUCAUGCCCAAUUUGAGGGUCAUUCGAGGAGUGGAUCUUAUUUCGUACUAUUCCCUUGCCCUACAUGAGAUGCCACAUUUAACACAGGACAACUUUUUCGUCAUAACAACCAAUUCCAAUUUAAUCCAAUAA